AUGCCUGAGUUCCCUUCAAGAAGGAAGAGGAAUGCCGCCACAUACAUUAUAGCAAUUCUUCGAAUUGUUCGUGCUGCAAAAGGCGAACCGUUCUGGCCUCGGUUGGGCCAUCAGCCUACUGCCGUGUCUGGAAGGGCAGCGCAAAUUCAUAACGCCUUUGCAUACGCUUUAGGACCACUUAACGCGAAUUUGACAUCUGUUGGUGCGUCGUCGACGGCGGGAGGAGCAGUAGUGCCACCAUCACCUGUAGCAGUACCACCUCCACCACCAACACCAACGACAGGAGUAGCAGGAGCAGGCGAAAUUGCUACGAUAAAGAGAGCAUGUGAGCGCGACAGUGAGACGGGACAAGGCCAAUCUCGAGGGGAGAAUGCAGAGCAGGUAUAA